AUGGACAUCGGCGAAAAGAGUCCGUUGGUGGGAAUCAUUGUUAGCGUGUACUAUCUCGGGUGCGCAGCCAGAGCAGUCUUAUUCUCGCGUCUCGCGGACCAAUAUGGUAGGAAGAAGAGCAUAUUUUUGUGUCUUGCUACAGCCUGUUUAGAGAACCUGGUAAUGUUUAUAUCGGGUUUGGGGUAUAAGAGACGAGCAAUCGGGGUUAUGGUUGCAGGGCGAGUCGUCAUGGGACUAGGUGUUGGAGGUGUAGAUGCGGUGAUACCUACCUCGGUUCCUCUUUUCUACUCGCAGGAGUUACAAUUCAACAUCUUCGGUCUAGUUAUGGCAUUCGGAAUCAACCUGGGCGUUACAGAAGCCCUCGGGGAAUGGAGCCAAUGGGAAUGGAGAAUCCCGAUAAUUGUCAUGCAGAUCUAUCCAGUCCUACUGAUGGCGUUUGUGGAAAGACUCCCUGAGUCGCCAAGAUGGCUUGUAUACCACAGAAAGGAGAACCAUGCUCAGGCGGCAUUAAAUGACAUUUACGGCAACGAAGGCGACAAACGCUUCGACGAGCUCAUGGACGUACACGAAAAAGAGAAGGGAACAUACGUCGGCUACCUCGACAUGCUGACCCCAACUCACCCUCAAUUACACCCCACCAUCAUCACAAUAAUGGGCCAAAUCAACCAAGCACUAACCGGUUACGGUGCUGUAUUUGUCUACGGACCCCAGAUCUUCGAACUCCUCAGCUUCCCAGUCCGCACCUCGGAAUACCUUACCUUGGGGAACUACUCUUCCGACUUUAUGCUCAUGACGAUUGCUUGGCCCCUCAUCGACGCCCUCGGCCGCCGCAAACUCCUAAUUCAAGUCUCCGUCCUCCUACUCGCCAUGUUUAGCGGCCUCACGACUAACGCAUCGACCCUUCACAUCCACAUCCUCGCACUAGGUAUCCUAGGAACACUAGUUCUGUUUCUAGCAACCGGGCACCGCCAUCUCAAUCAUAAUCUGGGGGAUCGGGAAUUUCGCCAUCACACUGCUCCUUCCAUCAUCUUCAACAAUCUCUCGUAUUUCAUCUUCGUGAUCUUCGCAGCAACGAACUGGGUCGCGGGGCUCUGGACGUGGAUAUAUCUCCCCGAGUCGGGCGGACGUAGCUUUGAGGAGAAUCAGGAAUUCUUUAGGGAGGCGAAGGAAGCAGGGACGUGGAGAGUAAGGAAGGUGAAUGGUGGUGAGUUUGCGGUGAUGAAAUAUCCGGAUCCGGAGACGGGUGGGGACGCCGUGGUGGAUGUUGAGAGGGUGCCGCUUUCGAGGAGAGUAGAGGAUCAGUUGCCGAGUGUGUAA